AUGGUAACUGAGUCAAUUUCGUGUAUAUCCGAAUCAAAUAGUCUUGAUAGUCAUCAAAAUGCAAAUAGUGACGAACCAUCAGGUUCCACAGGAAUAUCCUUACAGAAUUUACUUGAUGAUACGAUGUUUGAUGAAUACAACACUAAUGAUGAUGAUGAUUUGAAGAGCGAUGUCGAUGAAGCAUACCAAGAAUGUCUAAAUUUAUUCUUGAAAGGAAAAAUAAAAUCAUGUCUGGAGAAGAUGUUGGAACUUGACUUACUUCAAGUACAACUUUUAAAGUCAAACAAAGAUAUCUUUGUUCUAUUUCUAUUAGCAUGUAAAACGAAUAAUGACGGUCCUCGAAUAUUAGGUAUCAAUAUCCAAAAAAUAGCUGAGAUUAUAUUUGAUGGAGUUUUCAUGAGUACCAAUAACCUUCUAUUCCAAUUUGAUAAUACAGAAGAGUAUAUACGAUUUUUAAAUAUAUAUUUUCACUGUUGUGUCGAACAAGUAGAACUAGAAGGGAAAGAUAAGGGCAAGUCGAUAUUUAAUUUGAAGAAUAGUCUGGAACAUGCCAUUGACAAUACUUUAUUACUACCAAGAGUCGAUGACACUCAGGUUACGGAAGGCAUUCAAGAGUUGGUACACACACUGUUAUUUGAUAUCGAGAUCAAAUCAAUGAAGAAACAAAGGACCCCCACUUUAUAUUUAGAGCUCUCAAAUCGAAUACCUGAAUUAUCGAAUCUUUUAAAUGAGUCCUUUGUCAGUGGGAUCUCCAGAGAGAAAAUUAUACUAGAUCUUUUGGAGAAGAAGCAUGUUGACAACGAAUUAAAGAGGAAGAAAAUAAAAAACAAUAACCGAUCACACCAGAAACGACACGGUAAUUAUACCAGUUUACCGCCAUCUCCCAGCAAAAUGAGUCCCAAGGAAAAUCUCACCAUUGCCGAGUCCACUUCUUCGAAGAAUACAGAUCAAGAACCGACAGAUAAAGAAACAGUGACAGAUAUGACAAAUUAUAAACAAUAUUUUAUGGAUCAUCUAUGGAAUCAAAUGAUUUCAUUGGAAUUUUUGCAUAAAAAACCGACGAUAUUAUUAGCAACUUUAACAUUUUUACUCAUUUUGAAAAAGAUCAAAUUAUUCAAAUAUAUUUUCAAGAAUAUCCCUAAUCUCAUUAAGAAGUUGCUUCCAUACAUUGUGGAUGUAUUAAAUCUUCUUUCCAGUAUAUGA